CCGCCCCGGGCCUUGGCCACGCCCCCGGCCAGUCACCGCCCGCCCACAGCCGUCAUUUCCUGUCCGGCCCUGGGCGUGUCAGGUACUCUGGUUGACAAUGGCUGACGAUCACGAGAAAGAUUUGCAGAAAUUUCUUAAAAAUGUGGAUGAAAUCACCAGUUUAAUCCAAGAGAUGAAUUCUGAUGACCCUCUUGUACAGCAGAAAGCUAUCCUGGAGACAGAAAAGAGACUACUGUUUACAGAGGAAGUCCAAGAGGAGGACGGGUGCCGGACCACUCUGAACAAGACCACGAUCAGUCCUCUGCAAGCUCCUCUGGAGAAUGCAGAUGGGAUAAGCUCAGAAGCCUUUUUGGCAUCUAUGGAGUUGGAUGCAAGAGAACGUGCCAGGAGAAGAAGGGAAAACAAAGUCUUAGCAGAUGCCCUAAAAGAAAAGGGGAAUGAAGCCUUCGCCAGAGGGGACUAUGAAGCAGCCAUCGUGUGCUACAGUGAGGGUCUGGACAAGCUGAAGGACAUGAAGGUGCUCUACACCAACAGGGCCCAGGCUUAUCUAAAACUCGGGGACUACCAGAAGGCAGUCGUGGAUUGUGAGUGGGCUCUGAAGUGUGAUGAAAAAUGCACAAAAGCCUAUUUCCACAUGGGAAAAGCCCACCUGGCCCUGAAGAACUACAGUGUGGCUAGAGAGUGUUAUCAGAAGAUCUCAGAAAUAAACCCCCAACUGCAGGCCCAGGUGAAAGAUUACCUGAAUCAAGUGAAUCUCCGGGAGAAAGCAGACCUUCAAGAGAAGGAAGCCCACAGAUCGCUGGAUGCGGGAAAGAACACGGCCGUGACCGUCAGAAAUCUCCUGGAGACAUUGUGCAAGCCCGAUCAGACCCCCUUGUUCUAUGCAGGAGGGAUUGAAAUCCUGACUGAAAUGAUGAAGGACUGCACGGAACAAACUUUAUUCAGGACACACAACGGAUUCCGUCUCAUCAGCGAGAAUGCGGUCCUGAGAAGGUGCUUUUCCACAGCAGAAAAAGAUGCAGUGGAAGAGAUGGUGUGUGUGUGUGUCCUCAGGCUCUGGCAAGCAGUGUGCGCAGGGAACGAGGAAAACCAGCGCCUACUGCUGGAGAGCCCAGACCUGGGCCGGCUGCUGCCUUCCUUGCUGGCCGCCAGGGCUCUGACCGUCCGCCAGCAGAGCCUGGCCCUGCUCCUGCAGCUCAUGCAGACGGACCACGGACGAGGCCUGAUCAUCAGCCACCUUGACCUGACCCGAUUUUUGGAAGCCCUGGUGUCAUUUCUUGAUUUCUCAGAUAAGGAGGCCAACUCAGCUAUGGGACUGCUCACAGACUUGGCUCUGGAAGAAAGAUUCCAAGUCUGGUUCCAGGCCAACCUCCCAGGUGCGCUCCUGGUGCUCACAGGUGUUCUGAAGAGAGACCCCAUGAUAACCAACCCUUCAGCUCUCCGCUGUUGCAUUGCCCUCAUGGGGAACCUCAGUGCUGAGGCUGCCAUCCGAAGACAGAUGUCUGCCUCUGAAGAAUUCCGGGAGGCCUGUUUGGGCCUUAUGGUCCGGUGUGAGGAGGAUGUGGACCUGUUCAGAGAGAUCUUGUACACUCUCCUGGGACUUGUGAUGAACUUGUGCCUUCAGUCUCCCAUCCUCUACGAGGUUUGGGCCUCAGAGGUGAGCAAGAGGUGCAUCUUUCUACUGAACAGCCAGGAUGGAGGGAUCCUGACAAGAGCUGCCAGUGUCCUAAGCCGCACCCUUUCUUCCUCCCGAAAGAUCGUGGAGGAGGCCCUGAGAGCCGGAGUGGUGAAGAAGAUGAUUAAAUUCUUGAAGACAGGGGGCCAGACGGCAUCACGCUACGCCAUCAAGACACUAGCUGUCUGCACAAACAGCUCUCACGAGGCGCGAGAAGAAGUGAUGAGACUGGAUAAAAAGUUCGGCAUUCUCAUGUCGCUGCUCCGCUCCGAGGACGAGGUCGUGGUGGGCAAUGCCGCCCUCUGCCUGGGGAACUGCAUGGAGGUGCCCGGCGCGGCGCCCUCCCUGUUGAAGACGGACGUCGUGCAGGUGUUGCUGCGACACGCGGGGGGCGAUGCGCAGAAAACGGCCGUGCAGCUGAACGCGGGGAUCGCUCUGGGCAAGCUGUGCACGGCCGAGCCCAGGGCAGUUUAGAUACACAUCAGGUGUGCACCAUUGACCCAAUCUGCAGAAGGGGAGACCUGUCCCCUCCCCCAGCCCUGCUCCCGGAGCACCAAUGAAUGAUGUCUGACAACCGCAGCUAGACGUGCUCUCACCUCUUCCUUGAAUGUUUGCUGGGGAUACCCGCCUCCCUUAAAGUGCUCUCGGUCUCAGGUCCUGCUUGGGCCACACGGCCAAGUCUCUGGAUCAUUAAAAAGUAAUAAAGGAAUAUGUGCCUCCCCCACUCCCAAUCCCGCUUGUCAGAACUAGUAGAAUCAUAUCAAAUUCAGGUCAGGAAUUGAAGUAGAAAUAGUAUUUUUGGAAUAAGAACUUUCUAAAGAGCUUGGCUAUGUGCUGCCAUCACCACAGUCAUUGAGGAAAGAGAAUCCCUGUCUGCAGGGGUGGGGGAAAUGUCACUCGUUCAGCAGUAAGAGGCUAGGAAAGGUGACCCCCACUGGCUUCUUUCUGAACGCACUCUGAAACCAGCGCAGACCAAGAGCUGGCAUUUCAGCCCUGCCCUAGCCAGGUUUGUGACCUUGGAGCCAUCGGCCGCCCUCUCUGGGUCCCCGCCUCUGACGUGCCAUUGCUGUAAAGACUGGAUAAUUGGUAUUUGCUUGCCCUGUCCCCAUUCUGCCUGUUCUGGUAAUGACUCCCCGAUUUUUCCUGGGGGUAACCACUCCUCUGCCAUGGUUAACCACAUGAUUCAGGAGGAGCCCGAGUCUAACCCUGGUUUCAGAAAACAUAGAAUCCAGGACCUGCCAAUCACAGCAUUGUCAUCCCUUUCAUCUUAUUCAUUGGUUCAGAGAUGGUCACGUGACCCGAGGAGUGCCCAUCAGGGCUCAGCCUAGACUUGUGUGGGAAGCUCUUCCUUCACUGAUGCUGCCCAGGGAAAUAGCGGAUGAUUUUGGAGCUGUGCUGUUGACUUUACCGUCCUCAGCUUCUCAGAGAACGGAGUCAACAGAAGAAAGCUGCCCAAGAGCUGAGAGUCCUGACAUCAUUAUUUUGAGCCUCCAGAUCCUGCUGUGUCCAAGGCGGCUAUCACUGGCUUCCCAGUUAUGGGAGAUAAUAAAUCCCCCUUUCUGCUU